ACGCACCCACUUUCAAAUGAAUGGUAUUAGUGAGGACUACUUGCCAAAGUCCUAUCGUUCUUACUAUGUGGCCCUGGUUGUGUUGUUGAUAUGAAACUAUUCUUAAGUCUCACAGGUAAUUCAGAUGAAACAUAUAUGGGAUAUGAGCGGUGGUUGCCGAGUCCACCUAAGGUGGACAAACCUCGAUCGGUGUACAAUGCAGCAUCACUGGCAUAUAUUGGCGAUUGCAUCUAUGAGUUGUAUGCCCGCAGGCAUUUCUUGUUUCCUCCGCUCAACAUAGACAAUUCAUUACCAAGUUCGCAAAGGAGUACAUAUGGGAACAAAGGAAGAGAUCAUGGCAAUUUUGAUUCAUCUGAGAAUAUGGACGAAUUUAGCCGAGAUGGAUGUGGACACGACGAAGGACAUGGUUCGUGGGUAAUCGACUAAGAUGUGGGCUUCCAUAUUUGCUUAGGUUUCAUUGCUUUAUUUCAGGUUAUUAGAAUUGCUAAAUAAGUGGAAGAAUAUUUUCCACAAUCGUAGGGAUUCUCUAGUAAGUUUAGUUUCUUAUUUUCAUUAGAUAUUUCUGGUUACGGUAUUUUGAGCAAUACUCUAGAGUUAGGCCUGUAUAUAUCGAAUCGGUCUACUAUUAUAAAGGUCUCGACCAUCAAUCAAACUUGUACACUUUACCUAUAUUUUCCUUUAUCACAAUUUA